AUGGCCGACACCACCAACAAGCCGGCGGACGUGGAUAGGGGGCCACAAAUUCUCAUUACCUGUGGAGUGCUGGUCGCUUUGUCGGUGUUGACCGUCUCUCUUCGCACCUGGGUCAGAGUCAAGAUUAUUCGCCAGAUGGGCUCGGACGACUAUUGCAUGCUGGCCGCCACGCUGAUCCUGUUCGUGGAGAUGAUGAUCAUCGUACCCGAGGUAAAUCACGGUGCCGGCCGCCAUUAUCAGUAUAUUCAGCCUCAAAGCAAUAUAGUUAGAGGACUGCAUCUCAACUUCGUCACGCAGCCUCUCUGCUUAAUUGGGCUCUGCUUGACCAAGCUCAGCGUUGGUCUGUUCCUCUUACGUUUGACACCCUCAGCUCGAUACGCGAGGUUCAUAUGGGGUACCAUGAUCUUCACGAUACUCUCUGCAAUAGGAAAUUUUUUGACUGUUUUUUUUCAAUGCCAGCCGCUCGCUUUCACAUGGGAUACAUCCAUCCCAGGGGGCAGCUGUAUUCCAUCUGCGAACUUGAAAUUUGCUGCAUUCUUCAAUUCAGGUGUAUCCGUACUGACAGAUCUCAUCUUUGCGUUACUGCCAGUGCCUAUGUUGUGGCACGUGCAAAUGAACUGGAAGGUCAAAUCGGCCGUUGCUGGAAUUCUCUCCCUAGGAAUAUUUGCGACUGCGGCAGCGCUUGUGAAGAUCACAUUUCUUACGGACUACGGUAAACACGGUGACUUCUUGUUCGACAGUACUGACAUAACCAUAUGGUAA